AUGGUGGCCAUGAGUACCCUCUACAACACCAGCCCUGCUUCCCCAACGAAACCGUCAGCCCGGUAUCCAAAUCUUCCAGAUCUCAACGCAUUCUCAAACGUCAUGACCGAACCACUCAACAUGGACACCAACCCCAUCACCCGCCGGUACGGCCCAAAGCCCCAAAAGCCCAAGAAUAGCGGUACACUCCUCAACCGGUUACGCGCCAGAUUGGAAAGGCCCCAACCCCUCUUUCGUGUCGGGUCUUCGGUCUGGGAAAUAUGGGUGGGCGGCAGACGGGAGAGACGCGUUAUUAGUGACUGCACGUGGGAUGAGGGCCAGGGGUAUGUGGUCAUGGAGGAGUCUGCGAUGAAGGAUCUUGGCUGGCUUGAGGAGUGUUCGUUGACUUCGGAUGGGCCAUGA